AUGGCCAUCAAGGAAAUGAGACCUCUUCAUGCCAAUCGGCAUCUCCGUGUGGUGUGUAUCGGUGCAGGUGCGUCCGGUAUUAUGCUGGCGUACAAAUUGAAGCAGCACUUCACCGACUUCACGCUCCAUGUCUUUGAGAAGAAUAGCGAUGUAGGGGGGACGUGGUUUGAGAAUCGAUACCCCGGCUGCAGGUGUGAUAUGCCCGCACACAACUAUGUAUAUUCCUUCGAGGGUAAGCCGGACUGGUCUGCCUCCUACGCGGGCGCUCCUGAGAUCUACCAAUAUUUCAGUGACUUCGUAGAGAAGUACGACUUGAAGCAGUUUAUCCACUGCAACCGGGAAGUGCACCACGCCGAAUGGGACGAGAUCGCCAGCGAGUGGGUGGUCAAGGUUCUCAACAUCUCUUCGGGCUUUUCCCGUGAGAUCCGAUGUGACUUUCUGGUCAACGCCGGGGGCAUUCUGAACAAUUGGAAGUGGCCUGAUAUCCCGGGCCUUAAUGAUUUCCACGGGGAUCUGAUCCAUACGGCUGCCUGGGACGAUCGAUUAGAUGUCACUGGGAAACGAGUUGGCCUCAUUGGUAGCGGGUCUUCGGGAGUCCAGAUUCUUCCCUGGCUCCAAGAAAAUGCAGCGCACGUAACUGCCUACAUUCGGUCCCCUGGGUGGAUCAUCCCUACGCACGAUGGCGAGUAUCGCGAUUUCUCCGACGAUGACAUUGCUCGUUUCAAGGCGGACCCUGCUCAUCAUCUCGCCACCCGCAAGAAGGUCGAGCAGGAGUGGGGUGGUGAAUUCGCUGUCUUCCACAGAGAAUCCGUCGCGCAGCAGACCAUCAGGGAACAGCUCAGCGCGGAGAUCCGCAAAACGCUCAAUGACGACCGAUUGGCAGACAAGAUGGUGCCGCAGUUUGCCUUUGGAUGUCGUCGAGGCACACCAGGCCCGGGUUAUAUGGAAGCCCUCGUGCAGCCCAACGUCACGGUAGAGUUUGGUGGCAUCCGCGACGUGACUCCCACAAGCGUCAUAUCUGAGACAGGCACAGUGACCGAGCUGGACGUUCUCAUCUGCGCCACAGGCUUUGACACCACUUUUCGGCCACGGUUUCCAAUCGUUGGCCGACGUGGCAACCUUGCCGACUUCUGGAAGACUGAGCCUCGAAACUACUGCAGUGUGGCCGUUUCCGGCUAUCCGAAUUAUUUCAUGUUCCUCGGACCCAACUGCACCAUCAGCAACGGCCCCGUGCUGUUUGCCAUUGAGGUCGAGGCCGAGUACAUGGCCAAGUUUUUCAACCGAUGGCAGAAGGAGGGCGUUGCAUACUUCGAUCCGAAGCAGGACGCGCAGGAUGACUUUAUGGAGCACAAGAACUUGUUCAUGGAGACGCUGAGCGUCUGGGGCGACAACUGCCCCAGCUGGUACAAGGACCGAGUCACCAAAAAGGUCACCGCAGUGUGGCCCGGAAGCCAUCUGCACUUCAUGGAAACGCUGUCCACGCCGCGCUUUGACGACUACGAUAUCCGCUACCACAACCGCAAUCGCUUCGCGUAUCUAGGCAACGGCUUCUCCCAGAUCGAGUUGAACCCGCAUGCCGACAUUGCUUAUUACGUGCGGUCGGCCGACCCGGGCGACUUCGUCUCGCGGUCUACGAUGAGUACCUUCAAUGCCAAGGAUGCAGGUGAGAAGUUGCAUGGCAAGAUUACUUUAACUGUGUGA